AACAGAGGAUUCGCAUAGCUUUAACAAUUCAACAAUUGCGAUCAGGUAACGGUGGACAAGUCCUCUUCUCUGGUGUAGUGUAUAGAAAGCUAAGUCUCCUUCUGCUUUUUUUAUUGACUACUCACACAUGCUCUGUCUUUACCUUUUCCCCUGAAAGUCUUAUACAUGUUAUCAGAAAUUUGAUAUAUAGGGUUCCACAUGAUAUAUUCCUCUGUUUGUUUCAAUAUUUUAAGAUUUGUUCAAAAGAAAUAUUGUUUCAGUAUGUAAGAUAUUUUUUAAAAAAUUAUUUUUUUACAAUAUUAAAUGUUUCACUAUUAAAACUGUAUAAGCAAUUAUAUUUUAUUAUUUUAUUAAUAAUGAAUUAAUUUUAUUUUAGUUUAUAAUUUUAGCAAUAUGAAAAUUUUUAAAAUAGAUUUUUUAAAACACCAUACAUUUAAAAAAAAAAUUAAUUGGUUAUGUCAUUUCUUUUGGGUGGCUUUCUUUUCAGGCGUGAAGGUGUGGAGUUGAAUGAACACGCGGUUGCUGAUCCCGACCAGGAACGAACAAAACAUUACCGAAAGGAGGAAGCUUGGUUUCUUCUCCUGUGGGAAUGGCAAUCUAAUAGACGAUUGUUGGCGCUGUGACCCUAACUGGCACAUGAACCGUAAACGCCUCGCCGAUUGUGGGAUGGGUUUUGGUAGUAACGCCACUGGUGGUCGUGACGGGCGUUUCUACGUCGUCACUGAUCCAACCGACGAAGACAUGGAGUUUCCCAGGUCAGGUACUCUACGCCACGCCGUCAUCCAAGUUGAGCCACUAUGGAUUAUCUUCAAAAGAGAUAUGGUGAUAACCUUGAAACAAGAGCUGAUUAUGAAUAGUUACAAGACUAUUGAUGCUCGCGGUGCUAACGUUCACGUAGCCAAUGGUGCUUGCAUCACCAUUCAGGGUAUAACCCACGUCAUCGUUCAUGGUCUGCACAUUCAUGAUUGUAUAAGAACUGGGAACGCAAUGGUCAGAAGCUCGCCUUCUCAUUAUGGAAUGAGGAAUAUGUCUGAUGGUGAUGCUGUUUCAAUAUAUGCGUCAAGUCAUAUCUGGAUUGACCACAACUCUCUCUCUAAGUGUGCUGAUGGUCUCGUUGAUGUUGUCAUGGGUUCCACUGCCGUUACCAUUUCCAAUAACCAUCUCACUCACCACAAUGAGGUCAUGUUGCUAGGAAACAAUGAUUUGUACACACAAGACAAGAAUAUGAAAGUGACCAUUGCGUAUAACCAUUUUGGCGAGGGACUUAGACAAAGAAUGCCUAGAUGCAGGCAUGGAUAUUUCCAUGUGGUGAACAACGACUACACGCAUUGGGAAAUGUACGCUAUUGGAGGAAGUGCAAACCCAACUAUAAACAGUCAAGGCAAUAGAUAUGCUGCUCCCAAGAACCGCUAUGCAAAACAGGUCACAAAAAGGGUGAGGACAGAGAAAAGUGAGUGGAAGAAGUGGAACUGGAGAUCAGAAGGAGACAUGCUAGUGAACGGAGCAUUUUUCAUACAAUCAGGGGAAGGAGCAACAGCAAACUAUGAAAGUGCCUCGAGCUUAGCAGCUAAACCAGCUUCUAUGGUCGGCUCAAUCACUUCUACUGCAGGUGCACUUGGUUGCCGCAGUGGCAAACCUUGCUACUAAUACCAAUAUACUUCUCUCUUAACAAAACCUAACCCCUUUUACACGUAUUUUCAAAGUGUGAAAGUUUUUUUUCUUUUAUCCUUUCCAAGAUAGGGAAUUUGGUUAAUUUCUGCUUGCUUCUCCUUGACUAAAGAGGAGCAGAGACAAGAAGCGUUGAUCAAUUCUUUUUGGCCUUAGUUAAUAUUUGUAGUAAAUAAGAAUACAUUUGCUAGCUAAAUGCUUAUGAUAUGGACAUCUAAACACUAAACAUAGUGGUUGAUUAGAUCCAUGUCUUAUAGAUUCACAAUGUUGCUGCUAUGUGUUUGCAACUUGAUUGAAAUGAUCUCAUAAUAGUAAUACAUAUCAAAUUAUCAAAUCA